AUGGAAGAAGAAAGUUCAAAGGGAAAAGCGAAGGAUGAAGAAGAGCAUGUAAAGUACAGAGGAGUACGUAGAAGGCCAUGGGGAAAAUAUGCAGCAGAGAUUCGUGACUCAAUGAAACAUGGUCAAAGGUUGUGGUUGGGAACAUUCACCACAGCAGAGGAUGCUGCUAGAGCCUAUGACAGAGCUGCAUAUGCCAUGAGAGGUCCCUUUGCCGUCCUCAAUUUUCCCAAUGAAUAUCCUCCUCCACCAGCAUCAUCACAUGUUCCUUCCUCGUCUUCUUCCUCUUCUUCUUCUGUGUCCAUUUCAAGUCAUGAACACGUGGAAAGAAGAGGAAGGAGAAAAGAAAAAAAUGAGGAUGAAAAUGAAGUGUUUGAGUUUGAGUACUUUGAUGACAAAUUGUUGGAGGAGCUUCUUGGUUAUGAUGAAGACAAAAAUAAGCAUGGCAAGUGAAACAUGGUACAUGUAUACAGUUUUACUUCAUACAAGGUAUGUCUGAACAUGUAUGUUUUCAAAAGGUUAUCUCCUAAACUAUGAAUGUUUUUUUUUUUUUUUUUUCCAUCGGAGAGGUUGAUGUUCUAAACUUCGUAUCUAUCUAUAACCAUGUGAGACAUUACCUUUAAGGUUGUAUCGAGUAAUGUGGAUGUGAAAUUUUCAACUUGGGAUAGUGUCAGAUUUUAUUUAAUUUUUAUAGGGAGAUAUUAUGCGGAGUUAACUAAUAUUUAGAUUUUCAAGAGAUUUUUCUUGCUCAUAUAGUGUUGGAGAUUUUUUUUUUUCUUUUUUUCUUUCUGAUGGAUGAAACAUUGUUGUGUGUUAAUGACUUCAUCUAAUUAUAAGUUGUCAUCUAAUAAUAAGAUUUAUUAUUUUAAAUACAUUGUUUCUACUAGUCUAGAUUUUGUAUUUAUCACUGUACACACAUAU